AUGGGCCAGGACUUCUGGAGUGCAAUGGACUAUCUGUUGGCAAAGGAUCUUGAAUGGAAUGGAAAAGACCUGAAGAACAAGAAAUGGCAUGAGUUUUUCAACAAAAUUAUCACUCAGGAUCAAGAACAGUAUGGCAAGAAUGCUGGAACACUUUUGCCACCUCUCCUCAGCAUGUACACUGAGUCAUUUUGGGCCACACCCACUACCCCAUUGCCUGUGCCCCACACAUUCCAUACCUUGUAUCAUGCCCCUUUGUGUGUGGUGUUGUACAGUAGCUUGGACCAUCUGUCUGGCCCAGACAGUACUGGGAACCUUCUGGGCAAGGAUUUUUAG